UCCUCAUCGCGCCGAACCUCAACCACCCUUCCGUCGCUUCGUGCUUGGUCUCCCUGUCCCUGCUCGCCGAGCCCCUCCCCUCCAUCUCUGCAGGCUUGCUCCCUCUGACUGUCUGCUCGUUCCGACAUGACCACGCCUGAUCCCCUUGCCGUCGAGAAGGCCCUGAAGGAUUACAGCAAGGGCACCAAAGCCUACUUUGCUGAUGACUCCGAAGGCUGGUCCAUCGCCACUCUCCAGUCCAACGUUGUCGAUGGCGACAAGCUCACCCUCUCCUUCAGACUCGAUGCCACCGGAAAGGAAUUCACCUUUUCGUCCAGCCUCUCCAAGCUCGCUGCUGAAAAGUUUGCUGGCCUUCCUCCUCUGAAGAACCCGCCCAUGCUGGAGGGAACCGACGAUCUGGCCACCCUGUCCUACCUUCACGAGCCCGCUGUCCUGGAUGGCGUCCGCAUCCGUUACGCACAGGAGCAGAUUUAUACCUACUCCGGUAUCGUCCUGAUUGCCAUGAACCCCUUCCAGCGACUGGCCAUCUAUACGCCCGAUAUCAUGAGAGAGUACUCUGGCAAGAGUCGCGGUGAACUGGAGCCCCAUUUGUUCGCGGUGGCCGAAGAAGCUUACCGCACCAUGAUCAAGGAGCGCAAGAACCAGUCCAUCAUCGUCAGUGGUGAAUCGGGUGCCGGCAAAACCCAGAGUGCAAAGUACAUCAUGCGCUACUUUGCCACCGUCGAUACCCUCGAGAGCUUCUCCCGACAGACCAGCAGCGACAAUGUGGCCGCCGCCCCACAAGGGAUCUCGGAGGUUGAAGAGGCUGUUCUGGCCACCAACCCUAUUAUGGAGUCCUUUGGUAACUCCAAGACGACCAGAAACGACAACAGUUCUCGCUUCGGCAAGUACAUCGAGAUUCUGUUCUCCACGCCCGAGGGCCCCAAGAACAGCGUUCGCAUCGUGGGUGCCAAGAUCCGCACCUACCUGCUCGAGAGAUCCCGUCUGAUCUUCCAGCCCGCCACCGAGCGCAACUACCACAUCUUCUACCAGCUCUGCGCUGCCGCCCCCGCUGCCGAGCGCAAGGAACUUGGCCUCAGCUCCUGGGAUCAGUUCUUCUACCUCAAGCAGGGUGGAACCGGUAUCGUGCCCGGCUUUGACGAUGUCGCCGAGUUUGCUGCCACCCAGAAGGCCCUUUCCAUCAUCGGCAUUUCGGUUUCGAUGCAAUGGCAAAUUUUCACCAUUUGCGCCGCCCUUCUGCACAUCGGCAACAUCGAGAUCAAGUCUGUCCGUGACGAAGCCACCAUCGACGACAACGAUCCGGCUCUUAUCCAGACUUGCCAGCUCCUGCAGGUCGACAAGAGUGCCUUCAAAAAGUGGAUCAUCAAGAAGCAGAUCAUCACUCGCUCCGAGAAGAUCGUUUCGAACCUGAACCAGUACCAGGCCAUUGUUGGACGUGACUCGAUCGCCAAGUUCAUCUACUCGAUGCUCUUCGACUGGAUCGUCAAGAUUGUCAACAAGAAUCUGCACAAGGAUGCCGAGGACGUUGCCACCUUCAUCGGUGUCUUGGAUAUCUACGGUUUCGAGCACUUCAAGAAGAACUCGUUCGAGCAGUUCUGUAUUAACUACGCCAACGAGAAGCUUCAGCAAGAGUUCAACGCCCACGUCUUCCGUCUGGAGCAGGAGAUCUACGUCCAGGAAAAGAUCAACUGGUCGUUCAUCGACUUCAACGACAACCAGCCCUGCAUCAACAUGAUCGAGAACAAGAUGGGUAUCCUCGACCUCCUCGACGAAGAGUCGCGUCUCCCCUCCGGCGCGGACAAGUCGCUGGUGACCAAGCUCUACCAGCGCUUCGCCGUCCCCACCGAGAAGUUCUUCGAGAAGCCCAAGUUUGGCCAGACCGCUUUCACCAUCAAGCACUACGCUUGCGAUGUCACCUACGACAUCGAGGGCUUCAUCGAGAAGAACAAGGACACCGUCGCCGAUGAGCAGCUUGCUGUGCUUAACGAUGGCGCCAGCGAGUUCCUCAAGGAGGUCAUCCACAUCGACGUCCCUGACGCCGCCCUCUCGCCCAAGCCCGGUCCUCGCGGUGGCGCCACCAAGAAGCCCACCCUCGGCUCCAUCUUCAAGGCGUCCCUUGUCCAACUCAUGGAGACCAUGCGCACGACCGAGGCCCACUACAUCCGCUGUAUCAAGCCCAACUCGACCAAGACGCCUUUUGGCUUCGAGUCCCCCAUGGUCCUGCAGCAGCUCCGUGCCUGUGGUGUUCUCGAGACCAUCCGCAUCUCCUGCGCCGGCUACCCGUCCAAGUACAGCUUUGCCGAGUUUGCCGAGCGCUACUACCCACUCGUGGCCUCCAAGCUCUGGGGCCCUGACCCCAAGAAGCUGACCGAGUCGAUCGUCGCGUCGCGCAUCUCGGACCCGGAUAAGUUCCAGGUCGGUCUCACCAAGAUCUUCUUCCGAGCCGGCCAGGUCGCUGCCCUCGAAAAGGCCCGCACGGAGCGCAUCCGCUACUGCGUCGUCCUGAUCCAGACCAAUAUGAGACGCUAUCUCUACCAGAAGCGAUACAAGGCCAUUGUCCAGGCUGCCCUCACGGUCCAGACCUCGCUCCGUGCCUGGAGCGCCCGCGAGUCGCUCAAGGAGAAGCGCGAGCAGAAGGCUGCCGUGGUCAUCCAGACCUCGAUUCGCACCUGGCUCUCUCGCUCCUACUACGAGGCCCUCCGCUCGGCCGCGCUCUCGGUGCAGUGCGCCCUCCGCGUCCAGCGCGCCCGCAAGCAGCUCAUCGACCUGCGCCAGAAUACCGCCGCCACCCGCAUCCAAAAGGUCUUCCGCGGCUUUAUCGUCCGCCGCGACUACAAGCUGUAUCUGGCCCAGGUUGUCCUUGUCCAGUCGUGGAUCCGCACGCAUGCCCCCAUCCUCGAGCUUCGCCAGCUCAAGACCGAGGCCCGCUCCGUCGGCAAGCUCCAGGAGACCAACACCAAGCUCGAGAACAAGGUUGUCGAGCUCUCGAUGGCCCUGCGCAACCAAGAGUCCGAGAACAAGGUCAUGGCCGAGAAGCUUGCCCAGUUCGAGCACCAGUCCUCCAUCUGGAAAGAAAAGUUCCAGAAGGCCGACCUCGACAGCAAGGCCGUCAAGGUCGAGUUUGUCGACAACUCGGCCGAGUUCAAGAAGGAGAUUGCCGAGCUUAAGGACGUCAACGAGAACCUCUCCAAGGAGGCCGAGCGAGCCAAGGCCCUCGCCAAGAAGCGCGACGAGGAAAUCGCCACGCUCCUUGCCGAGCUGCGCCAGCAGAAGGACGAGGUCCAAAAGCUGAAGGAGGCCGCCGCCAAGGUCGUCCCCAAGGAGGAGGACACCGCCACCAUCACUGCCCUCAAGAAGGAGGUUGCCGCCCUCAAGGAGCAGGUCAGCCGACAGGUUGCUGGCAAGUGGAAGACCGACCGCGUCGCCGAUGCCCAGUACCAGCAGGCUCCCAGCUACCACCAGCCCCAGUACCAGACCACCUACGUCGACGAGAAGGAGAACUACCUGUACAGCUCCUACGGCGAGCCCCCCAGCCGCCCGUCGCUGGACGAAACCAAGCGCCCCUCCGUUGCCCGUCGCCGCUCGUUCAUGGACACCCAGGACCUCAAGAAGUCGGCCCUCAGCAGCCUCAACCCCGAGGCCGAGCGCUCUGCCCGUGCCCUCGAGGACAAGGGUCUCGAGGACGAGAUUAACGACGCGCUCAUCACCAACCUCCGCAUCCCGCUCCCCAGCACCCAGACCGUGGCCACCCGCAAGGAGAUCUUCUUCCCUGCCCAUCUCAUCGGCACCGUCGUCUCGCAGUACAUGCAGCGCGACAUGCCCCACAAGAUGCAAACCACGAUGGCCAGCGUCAUGAAGUCGAUCCAGAACCUGACCAUGAAGUUCGAAGACGACUAUGUCUCGGCCUUCUGGCUCUCCAACACCUUUGAACUGCUCUGCUUGAUCAAGAGCAUCCAGGAACAGGAAAAGCGCAGCACCCGUGGCAGCACCACCGAGUCUGACCGUGCCAUCGACAAGGUCCGCACCGAGAUGGACUACCUCCUGAUCGAGAUCUACCACGGCUGGAUCAAGGAGCUCAAGAAGCGCCUGACCAACAUGAUCGUCCCCGCCGUGAUCGAGAACCAGUCGCUUCCCGGCUAUAUCUGCAAGCAGUCCGGUGGUCUCUGGAGCAAGUGGGGCAAGAACUCGACCGCCUCGCAGUUCACCAUCGAGCAGCUCCUGAACCUGCUCAGCAAGCUCAGCAAGACCAUGCGCUGCUACUACAUGGAGGACACCAUGUCUCGCCAGAUCCUGACCGAGCUCCUGCGUGUCAUUGGCGUCUCUGCAUUCAACCAUCUCCUGAUGCGCAAGAACUUUUGCACUUGGAAGCGCGGUGUCCAGAUCCAAUACAACGUCUCGAGACUCGAGGAGUGGUGCACCAGCCACGGCAUCGCCGAAGCCACCCUCCACUUGCAGCAGCUUCUUCAGGCUGCCAAGCUCCUUACCCUCAACAAGACCUCGCCCCAGGACAUCGAGACCAUCUUUGAUGUCUGCUUCCUGCUCAACCCCACCCAGAUCAAGAAGCUCCUCUCGCUCUACUACGCAGCCGACUUUGAUUCUCCGCUCUCGCCCGAGCUGCUGAAGAUCGUUGCCUCCAGAGCCGUCCUCAACGAAAAGUCCGACAUUCUCCUUUUGGACCUGGAGCUCUCUCCCGAGUUUGUCAAGCCCAACUUGAAGAACGUCGAGAACAUUGAGCGAUUCAUCCCCUCCUGGACGAAUCUGCCCGAGAUGCAGAACUUCCUGCUUGCGAUGUAAGACACCCGGGCCAUCCUCCAGUGCAUGGCCCAGAGUCGGCCCCCAUUCCUGUAAGGGCCGCCUCGCUUGCUCGCUCUCGCCCUCCCGCCUCUCUUUCUCCCGCUUCCUUUGCGCUCCAACUCGCGCCGCCACACGCCGCUGCCCCCCGCUUCUUUGUCGGCCAUGUCAGCCCU